UGAAUUGGGGACGGAACCAACAUUUAUGGCUACAUUUGAACGCACCUUUCAGAAAAAAGAUAAGACAUGGACCGGCAAUCGAGCAAAAGUUAUUAAGGACAAAUAUGAUGAACUUGUAAUGAGCACGGCUGCUGCUAGUGGUGAUGGUGAUGGUGAUGGUGAUGGUGAUGGUGAUGGUGAUAGUGCUGCUGCGUCCGAGCCAUCGGUUGACAGUAUGGCAUUAUGGAUGGAGGCAUCGGGUGGAAUGAGAAGAGGUCAAAUAUUUGGGAUGGGAUCCUUGUCAAGGAUGUACAGAAUGCCGGCUGCUGCAACUUCAUCCUCCAGUGCGGCUUUUUUAAGGGCACAACAUGAGGAGCGAACGGACCAAGAAUUGAACCGCUUGAAACAAUUACUGGUACAGAAGGAUGAAGAAAUGAAACAGUUACUUUUUGAACCCGCUUCUGAGUCUGAAUUCGCUUCUGAUUCUGAAUCCGCUUCUGCUUCUGAACUUCCUUCUGAGUCUGAACUUGCUUCUGAUGACUCGAAUUUUCUUCUGAUGACCAAUCCGAUUUUGCUUCUGAUGAUCCGAACUUACCUCUGA